AUGGCAGACUCGCAAGAAGCAGGCCAAGGCCUUCCUUUAGACAGCUACGAACGUGUCAUUUGUCUAUGUCGGACUUUCAUGCAACUGGACAAUCAAUACUUGAACACAGGAAACUUGCUUCAUCUCGACGAGUCCAUCCAUGCAGGAAAAGAAGCCCUGCUUGCCUCCUCUGUAGACUGUCCCGCUCCGCUUCCGGUACUACAUAGCCUAGGGAUUCGACUCCAAACCAGAUAUGCAGCAACGAGUUCAGAGGAAGAUCUUGACGAAUCCAUCCAGGUCGGCCGGGAAGCUCUAAAUAUAGCCGUUGAAGGCCAUCCGUAUCGACCAGUAAUCGUGUAUAGCCUUGGAAUUGCCCUCAAGAACAAAUAUCUCAGAACGGGGGCACUAGAGACUCUCCUGGAGUCGAUUGGCAUCCAACAACAAGUUAUUGAGUCAAUCCCGAGAGACAGCCCGGACAUGCCAGGCUUAGUGGGCAGUCUGGCGAAUAGUAUUGGGGGAAAAUACGUCAGGUUUGGUGUAGCUGAGGAUCUCGAAAAAACGAUUCAGCUCAUCACAGAGGCGUUGUACCUGGCUCCAGAAAAUCAUAUAGACCGAGUAGGUUGGAUCAGUAAUUUAGGAGCUCGGUUUAGGGACAAGUUCUUGAGAACAGGGUUAACAACUGAUCUUGAUGAAGCAAUCGAAACCAUGCAGCGAGCAGCAAACUUGGUCCCAGAAGGCCACCCCAUAAAGGCAACAACACUAUCGAACCUUGGACUCGGGCUAAUUGAUAGGUACCGACAGGCAGAUUCAAUGGCCGAUCUUGAUGCUGCUAUAGACUUUAUGCGCGUUGCUGUCGAGACUACCCCGGAUAACCAAGUAGACUGGAUCACUUACUCAAGUAAUCUUGGAGGGGCUCUUGUGGACAGAUAUGAGAGGACGGCAGCUGUUACAGACGCUCGAGAGGCAUUGCGCUUUUUGCAAGAUGCAUCUGAUGCAUCCCGAAGGGACAGCCAAGCUCGAAUCAUUCUUCUAAGCAAACUCGCCGUUGCGCUCAGACAAAUAUACCUCAAAUCAGGAUCGACAUCCGAUCUUGAGGAAUCACUUCAAAUGUCACGACGUGCUCUUCAAGAGACUCCCGAGGACGACCCAAAUUGGGCAGUGGCGGCGAACAAUCUUAGCUUAGCACUCGGGGAUGUGCAUGCGAGAAAUGAUACCGUUGCGGAUCUUGAGGAAUCGAUUCGAAUCGGGCGAGCAGCUCUAGAUGCCACACCCAAAGACCUUCCCCUGUGGCCUCAAAGAGCAAGUAAGCUAUCAAUCAGGUUGGGGGAAAGAUCUUCGAAAUUAGGCGCGACACGCGAUGAUUCGGCUGUUCAGUCGGGUCAGGAAAGCCUUAACGCAACUCAUGAACACCACUCCAGACGGGCACACCGGUUGAACAACCUAGGUAUGCAGUUCAGAGAAAGGUAUAGGCGAACUGGCUCCAUGGCUGAUAUUGACGAAUCAAUAAAGGCCUGCAAAGAUGCUGUUCAGGCAAUAUCAGACGAUUCUCCGAAUCGAGCCAUGUGGUUCUCUAGUCUGUCAGCCAGCCUCCUCGAGAAGCACCUAAGGUCGGAGAGCCUGGAUGAUCUGGAUGAAUCUAUUGGAAGACCACUCGCAGUGGCCAGGUUGCCUAAGCAACAUUGGCCUUUGCUUGGAAUCGAAUUUCAGAGGACGAAAGCCGAGUCGGACAUAGAGGAGUCUAUUCAAUCCAUUCGCAGGGCUAUUAGUGUAACCCAACUGGACCACGCGGCUUUGCCAAGUUUUCUCUUCAAUCUUGGAUCCAGCCUUCACAACAGGUACAAGUACAACACUGGACCAGGGGCACUACCCGAUUUGGAUGAAGCCAUUGAUCUCGGACGACAAGCUGUUGCUGCAACUUCCUCAAACAAGAGCGGAUAUGUCGCGACGGGGGUGGGAACGGAUCUCGACGAAGCCAUUUCUUAUCAAGAAGGGACACUAAAUGAAUGUGACGCGAGAAGUAUCGAUCGAGUCACUGCCGGUCGAGAAAUCAUUCGGUGCUGCGCUAUUAGAGCAGAAUGGCAACGAGCCUAUGAGGCUGCCAAAGUCGCCAUUCCAAUCGUUUCAAAGCUGACAAUACGAUCGCUCGAGAUCUCUGAUAAGCAUUACCAACUGGGACAGAUUGCGGGCUUGGCCUCUGAUGCUGCAGCGGUAGCAUUGCACGCAGGUAAACUCCCACUUGUCGCCUUGGGUUUCCUUGAACAGGGCCGAGGCGUCCUUGCAACAUCUCUUGAAGAGUUACGGAUCGACCUUCUUAAGCUGAAAGAAAUCUACCCGGACUUAGCGGAACAGUUUGUGCGACUCCGGGACGAACUGGAACUACCAAUCUCGAGGGAGAGCUCACCACUAUCAGUUGAAGGUGGUACGUUUUCUCAGCAAGCCCAAGCAACUCGUCGUUUUGAGACUGGCAUUAAAUUCGACAAUUUAAUUACUGAAAUACGCAGCAUGUCUGGUUUUGAAGAAUUCUUAGCUGCACCCAACGAAGGAGCAGUACGUAGCGCUGCUAAAGAUGGGCCUAUUGUUGUCAUCAAUAUCAGUGAUUAUCGUUGUGACGCGAUACUUAUCGAACCGCACGUGGUGCGGUCUAUACCCCUGCCAGACCUCAGCACCGCAGAUAUUACGAGCAGAACAUUGAUAGGAAACCCUGGUGGUCCCAAGGCUUUGAAGUGGCUGUGGGAUACUGUAACCAAACCAGCCUUGACUGAGCUGGGCUUUACCCAACCCCAGUUCUGCCGAGACGAACUGGCCACAUAUAUGGUGGAUUCCCACAGGUUUCCAAUCCACGCUGCUGGGUAUCACUACAAGGGCUCGUGCCAGACGGUCCUCGACAGGGUGAUGUCGUCGUACGCUUCCUCAGUCAAAGCAAUGAUUUACAGCCGUGAACGCCCACGGAUGAAGUCCUCGGAUUCGAUGCAGGUCGUCCUGGUCGCCAUGGAAAACACACCAGAACACACCAGCCUGCCAUUUACAGUUGAAGAAGUGGCCGGAGUGCACGAUGUGUGUGCAUCGAUGGCUUCCAAGGUCAUCGAACCUGCACCGAACAAAAAGUCCAUCAUGGCAAGCCUAUCAGAUUGCGACAUAUUUCAUUUUGCUGGACACGGACAUUCCGAUAGCAUGAUCCCAGCACAGAGUUAUCUGUGCCUCCAGGACUGGAAGACGGACCAGCUAACGGUUGAAACUCUUCUGGCCACUAAUAUUCGCCAGCGUUCCCCGUUUCUCGCCUACCUCUCGGCUUGUGGGACCGGGCAGAUCAGAGACGAUAAGUCCUGGGACGAGAGUAUUCAUCUGAUCAGCGGAUUCCAACUAGCAGGCUUUCGAAAUGUCAUUGGAACGUUGUGGGAGGUCAAUGAUCAGCUGAGUGCAGACAUGGCCAGGAUUACCUACGAGGGACUGAAAAGAUGGGGCAUGGUUGAUAGGUCAGUAUGCUUAGCGCUUCAUUGUGCCUCUAUCAAGUUGCGAGAUCGUUGGCUAGACAAACUACAAGAGUGCAAGCAUACCAGCAGAUUAGCCAACCCUCCAUUUGGCACGGAUGAACAACUUGAUGCAAACAAUGCAAGUGUUGGAGCUGAUGAGCGCCAGAGAUUCCCAAGAGAUAUUAUUCCUGUUAAAGAAGAGGAGGAUCAGUGGCCAGAACCAGCAAAUUGGGUUCCAUACAUUUGCUAUAGCGUGUAA